AUGUCUGGAAACAACGAGCAGCGCAGAGGAGCGCCACAAAUCGAAGAACAAGAAUUGGCCACCAAGACAAUACAGAUUCAAAAUAAGCGUUUUUACCUUGACGUCAAGCAGAAUUCGCGCGGUCGGUUCAUAAAGAUCACUGAGGCUGCCGUAGGUGGUCAAAAGUCUCGGAUUUUGAUGUCAAUCCCCGCCGCUCAAGCGCUCCGGGAAAAGUUGGAAAAACUACUCGAGGUUCUUAACAAGCUUCCCCCGCACGACCCUAAAUCACUUGCUACUGACGGUUUAAUUGAAUCCGAAGCCAUUGCAAGGGAUAAUCGUCGCUACUAUCUUGACCUCAGGGAGAACGAGCGCGGUCGAUUUUUAAGGAUGUCAAUGCUCUCAAUGGGUGUUCGUGUGCAAAUAGCUUUACCAGCAGAUGGACUAUCGGAUAUGUGCAAUGGAAUUGCAGAACUUAUCAACGAUUAUUGCAGGGAUGAGGAUUUGAUUGCGACAUCUGAACUACCAGAAGCAAAGGUAUUGUUCGCGGGCAACAAGACGUUCUACUUUGAUGUGGGCUCUAAUCGCUACGGUGUUUUUCUCCGCAUAUCUGAAUUGCGUGCCAAUUACAGGACGGCGGUCACCAUUCCUGAACACCAUUGGUCUCGUUUCCGUGACAUCUUGGAUGAACUAGCCAGUAAACCCGAGGGCAACAAAUUGGCUGAAGAGAAGGAUGAAAAGGCUGCUGGUGUGAUGCCCAAAAAGAAAGAAGGGGAGAAUGGUGGUGAACAGAGUGGCAAUAAACUCAAGGCAGCAGAGAAUUCAACACUUGCACCACUUGCUUCUGAGCCAAGUACUAUUUCUGUGGCGUAG